CAACAACGAUCAACAAAAUGGCCAUUUAACAACGAUUGUGAUAUUUUAUGAGCUGAUUUAAUUUAACAAAUGUUAUUCUUUUUCCAAGCUUAAAACUUAAACAGUCUAAACGUUAGAAUGCUCAAAUAAAAGGCAAGGACUGCCUUUAGGAAAUAGCGUGUUUACAGCAUUUGACCUACUUUGUUAACACAGGUGCAUUCGGUCGUUGGCUGCCGCUUCAUGCGGUCCAUAUUCGAAGAAGAAACGGGAACCAGUAUGCGGAAAUGUAAGAUCAUGUGACGCACUCAGCCAAUAGAAAAUCAAAAUACAUGAGUUGGCCCUUCAAGAGCCAAAUAUCAAUUUAUAUUGCUGGACAACAAAAAAAAGGUUUAUGAAAAGAACCAGCCGAAAAUUUCGAUAGAAUCAGAUGAGUCUUAACAAACAGAACUUUCCGACAGGUGGGCAGGGGGACCGUCGAGUGGAAGAUGUGCAGAGAAUCCCAAAGGGUGUCACCAUUGCAGCACCAGGGUCCCAGCUCAAUGUUGGACAUGUGGCACAUGCUUACCAGGCUCAAAGGACACUGACCAGACUGGCCCCCGCAGGUACACCUGCACUCACUGGAGUCCAAACACGGCCUGUUAUAGCCCACCAGAUUGCCAACCUCAACACUACAGGGCAGAAGAAAGAAGGUCUAAGACAACCCCUCUCAACUGCAAGUGUCACCAGUGUACACAGCGGGGCUGUGCUCUCGAACAUCAUCCCCGUGCAGCUUAAUGCCUCCUCGGUCUCAUCAGCUAGCAGCACUUUGCACGUGCCGAAUGUCAGCUCCAUUGUGAGGGGGGCCAUUCCUGGUGCAUUGGCUGCUACACAAUAUACUCAUCUACCAAGAGGAGGGGUAGCAGCCUCUGCUGUUCGACCUGGGUCUGUUCAGCGCCAACCGCUGGUCAACACCAUGCAAACAACGGCCCUGAACCUUCAGGGCGCGAUCCGUAACGUCAUCCAGCCAGUGGGUAUGCGCCCAAACACCCCACCUACAAACAGACCCGCCUCGCCAGCGAUCAGUCUUGGCACCACUGGCCAACCUCUAGAUGCUCACAGAGCAAAUAUCUCGCUACAAAACGUGUCCACAACAAGCAUCCAGAUAACGUUGCAGCCCUCUCGAACAGUCUCAGAUCCGUUGGGGAAAGCACCCACCACAUUUCAGACAGGGAAAGUUGCCGGAGUGACCAUUACUUCCCAACCCCCAAAGGUCGUGUUGACUCAACCCUAUCCAGUCCUACAACAUCAGACAUUGGCAGCCAAGGGCAAUCGGGGCCAACCGAUUACUGCCCAAACGGUUACCUUGGCAACCACUAUGGCAACAGUGACUAUUCCAAGUCUAGCAUCAACUACUCCCACUACUAUACCCAUCGCCAAAGUUCCGCCACAGAGACAAAUUCAGACUGGCAGUGGCCACAUGAUUCAAACGAGUGUGACCAUGCCGUCCAGUCAUGCGGAACACAGGAGUGAGGCAGGGAGUUUUCCACAACCCCAGUCAGCACACGCACAUCCGAUGUCUACAGCUCCAAACUCCACCCAUACCACCUCACAGGUGAAGAGUGCGGUGGUGAGCCAGGCAAGCAGUUUGUUCAUGCAGUAUAGAGCCCCUACAACUAAUUCCUCCGUUCCCGCAAACAGCGUCACACAUGCAGAAACAAGAGGAUCGUCAAUGCCGAUGCCAUUCCUACCGCCCUUGAUGCUCUCGCCCGACAAUCCUUACUACCAGCAGCUUAUGAGGUGUCAGGUAGCAGCUGUUGCACAAGCACAGGCCAGACCUUCAUUACCAUCACUACGUGAGACUACUGCUACUCUACAAGCCAAUCUCCAUGCUGGCGGUCAGACCGGGGUUCCCCAGGCAACGACAGCAGGCGUUCGCCUGAACCAGAUGAUGGUUAUGCAAGACUCUGUACGCCCCACUGCACCACAAGUGGCAACACAACACGCCCCAAUCCAGCAGCUACAGGCCAGUUCUGCUGAUGUCAAGGCAGUGACAACAUCAACUCUCCCAACAGCAAUAACAACCGCCAUCUCUGCAAUCUCCGCAAUGCACACGAACCCGACACACGGCAUAGGUGCCAUGGCUGCGGUUGCUAGCAGCCUGUUCACCGCGGCACAACAACUGGGUCACACAUCAGCAUCCCACAUGCCACAGCACAUGGCACAGUCUGUGGGAUCACACAUGGGGCAUACCACUCAGGUUGGGCAGAUUCUACAACAGACCGGCCCAUCAUCCACGCCUAUAACCAACCCUAAUGCAUCACCGCGACCCAGCAUCUUGCGGAAAAGGACAAAUGAAGGGGUAUCAGCAGUAAAGAAGCAGCUCGCUUUGACGUCCGAGGUGCACAGUCCGCGUCCAGAAAUGAGGCCAGAUUCUACCCCUCAGUCAAACAUGAGCUCACCUAAAACACCUGCAUCAGGGGUAGUUAAAAUGGAUCACCCUCGUGGCCCUCGGGAAUCCCCAUUCUCUGAGAGCCAGUCAUCCACAGACACUGCAUUGUCAAGCGAGGCAACAACACCCACACAGCCCCACAGCGAACAUCGCAUAAAACAUGAACAUGAUAUCCAGGAAAACGGGUUUGGAAACAGUACUCCUGAGGCAUCACCAAGGAAACGGAGAAAACAGCUUCUUCAAGCAUCAGAAGAGAUUAAAGACACACCGGUGAACGUAUUUGACAAGCUAGUGGAGGCCUGUGUGAAGCAGGAGAGCCUGGAUGAUGCUGAAGCUAUGUUAGAAGAAGAGGAUGAGGAUGAUGAUGACCUGGACGAUGAAGUUCUGGACAGAAUGGAUAUGAGAGAAGAAUACGUGGAUGACGAGGGUGUUCGAUGGACGUUGGAAAAAUGUCGCCCCAACCUGGCCCUGCUCAAUUUCUAUAAUAUCUCCUGGAAACCUAAGUUGAACCACUUUAAUAGAUACACAGAUGUCAAACCAAAAGAUGAGCGGCGACCAACGGUGAAUGAAAUGUCAAAUCAGAAGGGAGUGGUGCAGAAGGCCUCGGGCUGGAAACUCUACCAUAUGGCAGCACAGAUAGAGGACCUGGUUGAGCUGGAACGGGAGUUGAACAGCACGUUGUCGGAGCUACAGAUGGCGAUAGGGCCUGAACCGCCCCUUAAACAUGCGGCGCUGAUGGAGGACGAGCCGGGAAUUAUACAUGAACUCACUCAGGGCAAUAUUCAGAGGUGCAAGUUGUUAACAGAUCAGUUAAAUGAGGCAAAGACUCAAAUGUUAAAAGUGCUCGAACACAAACCGAAAAUCUCCGAGAUUGUAUCGAAACACCUCAGUAAACGACCCAUAAAGAAAAAAGAGAGGACAUAGCAUACAGAAAUGUUUUUAUCACCUUAUUGUGUUUCUUAGUAGAACUAUUUUCAUUUACAUUAUCAUUACACACUAUGGUGUUUCAGAUCGUUUCAUUCUACAUCAUGGAUGCAUACAUGUUUGUUCAAGUUUUAUGUAUAUUUAUUUAAAGUUUUACAACUAAAUAUUGUUGUGUUAAAGACUUUAUUAAACAUAAUAAUAGUAAUGAAAGGGAUGAAAUCAUCGAAAGGCUGUGGGCAAGACAAGUGUGAUUUUUCAUUUAUUUACAAUUCUGUUCACAGGCAAUAAAAAUAAAAAUCCAAAAAUGUUUUGAGUGGACCAAACUGUACCAAUAAGUGCCUGUCAUUACAAGAAUAGGUAUUGUAAAGUGAUGAAUAUUAAAUACAACAGUUAUUGAUAAGCCUAUAGAUAUGUACUUAAAAAUAUAAAUUUUGCUUUCAUCUCGCAAGUUUAUUGAUUGUUUUUUCUCACAAGGUCUUUAUUUGCUAAAUAUAUCCUGAUCAAUCAGAUCCUACAGUCUUUCAUAGCUUUGUAUCUUGAAGUCUGGUAUAAGUCGAUCAAAAAUACUUUUUAAUUUUUUUUUUUGCUACUAACAAUAGUUUGUUUUUCUAGGAUAUUUUGUUGAGAAAGCCUAUAGCUGUUUAUCUUGGCUACAAAAUUGUUGCAUUUUAUUCAAAUAAAAAGAGUUUUACACAUGCUUGGCAGUAUUUGAAUUUAACUCUUCAGGGUCUUAUUUAAAUAAGGAUCGUACGGCUUACCCGGUAUGAUAUCUAUUUAAAACCGGUCCCAGAGCUUUUGUUAUGUUAAACCUCUGAAUUGUUCUCAUGUUACUGAACAAAAUAAAAUAUGUGUAAAUGUGAAUGGGUCACAUUUUAAUCAUGUACAUUGUUAUUGAAUGAAAUUAUGAUAUUUGAAUAGAAUAUGUGAUGUAUUGAAAUGAGGGAAAAUAUAAAUGUUAUGAUCUAAG